GCCGCGUCCCCGCCAGCCCUGCCGACGUGGCGGGGCGGGACCCGGCGGGCGCUCCCGCGCGCACUCGGCCGCCUGAGCGAUAUUAAAAUGUCUGAUGAUGGCGAUGACACCUUAGCCACUGGAGACAAAGCAGAAAUCACCAACAUGCCCAGUAGUGAUACCUUACCCAAAGAUGCAGAAGCGCACUGUGAUUCAGCUACGAUUUCAAAUGAGCUAACGCCAGCUGACCCCAGAGGAGACGUGCAUGAAAAUGCGGCUGUUCAGGGUGCAGAGACUGCUGACACUGGACUCACUGAGCAGCCCGAAGACCCCGGUCCCGUGGAGCACCCCCCCAAUGGAGAAGUGACUGAGGAUGCCCUUGCUGAAUGCAUUGACUCCGUCAGCCUCGAGGCAGAACCUGGAUCCGAAAUACCCCUGAAAGAACAGAGUGAUCCGGCCGUGGAUUCCUCUCCACAUGGAGGGGGAUGGGCAGGCUGGGGCUCCUGGGGCAAAUCUCUGCUCUCAUCAGCAUCUGCCACAGUAGGUCAUGGGUUGACCGCGGUCAAGGAAAAAGCAGGGGCCACCCUCCGGAUUCAUAGUGUGAAUUCUGGCUCUUCCGAAGGGGCCCAACCUGAUACUGCAAAUGAAGUCCCUCAAAUAGCAGUUGCAGCCGCAGAUCAGAGGCCUGCAGAAAGCCCACCCACUUCUCCUUCAUCGGGGUCUCGGGGCAUGCUGUCAGCCAUCACCAAUGCGGUUCAGAACACAGGUAAAAGCGUCUUAACAGGUGGUCUUGAUGCUCUGGAAUUCAUUGGCAAGAAAACUAUGAAUGUCCUUGCAGAAAGCGACCCAGGUUUUAAGCGGACCAAGACACUCAUGGAGAGAACCGUUUCCUUAUCUCAGAUGUUGCGGGAAGCCAAGGAGAAGGAGAAGCAGAGGCUGGCGCAGCAGCUCACGGCCGAGAGGACCGCACACUACGGGAUGCUGUUUGAUGAAUAUCAGGGUUUGUCCCACCUGGAAGCCCUGGAAAUUCUGUCCAAUGAAAGCGAAAGCAAGGUUCAGUCAUUUUUAGCAUCACUUGAUGGAGAGAAGCUGGAAGUCUUAAAAAAUGACCUAAUUUCCAUUAAAGACAUCUUUGCAGCCAAAGAAUUAGAGAAUGAAGAGAAUCAAGAAGUGCAAGGGAUCGAAGAAAAGGGAGAAGAAUUUUCUAGCAUGCUUACAGAGCUCCUCUUUGAAUUGCAUGUUGCGGCCACGCCUGACAAACUCAAUAAGGCCAUGAAAAAAGCUCAUGACUGGGUGGAAGAGGAUCAAACCAUGGUGCCAGUAGAUGUGGCCGAAGAGUCAGAGGACAAAACAAAGAAGGAAGAAAAGGAAGAGGAACCUGAAAACCCCGAAGAAGACAAGAAGGAAGAAAGGAAAACUAAGACAGUCGAGGAGGUAUACAUGCAGUCCAUCGAAAGCCUGGCAGAAGUAACAGCUCGCUGUAUUGAGCAGCUUCAUAAAGUAGCAGAAUUAAUUCUUCAUGGACAAGAAGAGGAAAAACCAGCUCAGGACCAAGCAAAAGUUCUGAUAAAAUUAACUACUGCAAUGUGCAAGGAAGUGGCCUCCUUAUCAGAGAAGUUUACAAAUUCUUUAACCACUGUUGGGAGCAACAAGAAGGCUGAGGUCCUUAACCCCAUGAUCAAUAGUGUAUUGUUAGAGGGCUGCAAUAGCACCACAUACAUACAGGAUGCCUUCCAGCUGCUGCUGCCUGUCUUGCAGGUUUCACACAUCCAGACCAGUCGUUCCAAAGCACAGCCAUGAGCUGGCCAGACUCCAUCUAGUUAAAGGAAACAGCAGGCCCUGUUGCUCUGAUAUAUACCAUUUCAUGGAAUGUUUUCGACGCAUCUGACCACAGAUGCCUGUUUGGAGACACUACAAGCAAUUUUGCACAGACAGAUUGAGAAUGCAAGUUCAAAGACAGUAUCAUUUCUCUUAAUGUAUACGGUUGUUUUUACAAGUAAUUAUGUUUCCUUUAUGUUAAUUUAAAUUUACACGGCUUUGUAUUGAUAAUUUCCUUUAUCUGGAGUUCACUCAAAAUAUUCAUUUCUAUUUUCCUGGUCAAGCAUCUUAUAUUUGGAAAUUCAUGGGCAGACCCUAGACUUUAAAUUUCCACUUUUAAAUUUCCCAUUCUUAUUGUAUGACUUAAAAUCAAUUCUUAUCCUAAACUUAGUUUUGUUAUAUUAAUGCCACUGUCAGAGAUAACACUACUCAUAGAUAUUACCUAUUAUGGUGAAAGAGCAACAUAAGUAUCUGUUUAUAGUCAUGUAUUCUCAAAACAAGCAUUUAUUGAGCUCCUACUGUGUGCUCACAAUAGAGGAACAUGAUCUCACCCCAGUAGAGACAGAUAUGCUGAGAGAGGAUUUAUAAUAAUUCUUAAAAUGCUUUAAAAUACUAUUAACUUUUCUAAACCUUAAAAAAUUUGAAGAACAAGGUAAAUUAGUGGUUUUUUAAAUGUUCUACCCUUCAACUGAUUGGACUUUUUUAUCCCAAACUUUACAUAUGGGAUGAAAAUACGUAUGAAAAGGGAUACUAAAGAAUAUUUUGUUUAAAAUUGAAUUCUUAUGACCAUAAGUACAUAAUAGCACAAUCAUAAAGCUUGUAAGUAUUCAGAUAGAAAAUUAAGGGAAUUACAACAGAGUAGACCCCCAGGACUGCAUUUUUAAAUCUACUACAGUUGAGUCAAGCUGUUCCAUGAAUACACAGAUCACACUCGCCAAUGGUAAAUGUAAUGAUUGCUUCUAAAGACAGAAAAUGCUGACGUGUGGAUGACUAAAUGGUCACAAUCCAGGAGCCUGCACAGAAGACCCUGCGGCCAGGAGAGGCCUUGUCAAUGGGCAUUCCCCACCCCGAGCCCCAGAUGGUCACUCUGGGUGGAGGUCCUGUACAAUGUUCCUAUCUGGGAGGCCCACUGACAUCCCUCCAGGUACUGUCACAAGGUGUCUUGCACAGUGGCUCUCUCCAGGCCAAAUGAAGCCUAUACUUUUGCCAGGGUGAAAAAAUCCCUCAUUCACUUCUGGUUUUAUUCCCCUGAUAGAGUUCCAUACAGGCAAAGUAGGGAUAUUUUCGUAUCAUCCUACUUCUUAGCAUUUUAUUUUCCAAUAUCCUGCAUUUCAUUUGUGUAUCUCCUGAAACAACGAAAUGGAAAAUAUAAGAAUUUAUAAUCUGGAAAAAAAAUUCUCUGAGGAAUCAAUUAAAGCUGGGUUUUCCUACUUGCUUUUUUUUUUUUUUUUUUUGGCUGCUUUGGGUCUUUGUUGCUGUGCGCAGGCUUUCUCUAGUUGUGGCGAGCAGGGGCUACUCUUCAUUAUGGUUCGCGGGCUUCUCAUUGUGGUGACUUCUCGUGUUGCGGAGCAUGGGUUCUAGGCACACAGGCUUCAGUAGUUGUGGCACGCGGGCUCGGUAGUUGUGGCUUGCGGGCCCUAGAGUAUGCGGGCUUCAGUAGUUGUGGCACACGGGUUUAGUUGCUCUGCAGCAUGUGGGAUCUUCCCAGACCAGGGAUCGAAUCCGUGUCCCCUGCAUUGGCAGGUGGAUUCUUAACCACUGAGCCACCAGGGAAGUAGGGAAGUCCCCCUACUUGCUUUUUGAUGAGAACAAUUAACUGAUGAAAGUGUUCCAUUUGCCUCGUCAUAAAUUUUAGACUUUUUGUGUAUAGAGCAGAAGAAAGGGUUUAGAUUUACAAUUUCUUCACAUCAGAUGUUUUAGCAUCAGAUGGAUUUAUAGACGUUAACUGGAAAUGUAAAAGAAACCAAUAGUUUCAAAGGGGCUAGAUUUCCAAAAUUAGACUUUAAGCCUAACUGCACCCAUUUAGUGCAUAGCAAAAUUUUUAAUCAUAAAAUGAAAUAGAAAUCUGAAAAAGAACAAGAGAGAUAAUUAUUUGUUUAAAAGUGGUUGACAUUAUUUACAUUGCAUUUAUAUAUCUUUUAAUGAUAGAAUGUCAAGGGUUGCCAAAUGGAAACGUAGGCCGAGAGAUGAUUCCUGGGGCCUAGCUCCAUGGUCUGUGAAUUACAUUAUUUAAGAGAGAAUCAUCACUUAAAAUAUAUCCACUCUCCAGGAUUGCUCUCUUUCAAUACUGUUUUUCACCAUCACUUUUAUUUUUUUUAUUUUUAUUUUUUUUAAUUUUUGGCUGCGUUGGGUCUUCGUUGCGGUGUCCGGGCUUCUCAUUGCAACGGCCUCUUUUCCUGUGGAGCACGGGCUCCAGGCGCAUGGGCUUCAGUAGUUGUGGCACACGGGCUCAGCAGCUGUGGCACAUGAGUUCUAGAGCGCAGGCUCAGUAGUUGUUGUGCAUGGACCUAGCUUCUCUGCGGCAUGUGGGAUCCUCCCGGGCCAGGGCUCGAACCCGUGUCCCCUGCAUUGGCAGGCGGAGUCUUAACCACUGUGCCACCAGGGAAGCCCCCACCAUCACUUUUAAAUAACUGCUUCUUUGCUUUGCUUUAAAAGCUAGCAAAGCACAAGAUCCAGAUCUGGGCACAUGUCAAUCCAUUACUGAAUGAAUGAUAUAGCAGGCUUACUUUGGAAGUUUUGUAUUCCUUCAAUAAUCCUUUACAUAAAUUGGGUUCAUUUCACUCUAUGCAAUUACCCUGAACAUGCAUGCCAGUUUUUUAUUUUUUCCUUACAUCAAGUGCAAAAGAAGUUCUAGUCUAAACAAUGAAUGUAGUCCUGUGCCUGUGCCUUAUUAAAUAAAAAGCAUCAAAAGCAUAUUUCAAAUUCAAAGCAAAAUGCAUCCAAGAAAAAUUGCUUUGGGGUAUUGAUACAUACAGCUCUGAAGGGCAAAAUCCCAAAUCUUAAAGCAAAGGCCUAAGCGUAAAUAUUCUAUCCCACUGAGGACAGAAGCCUCUCUUUUCUCUGGGUCUCACACUGGGCUGUACAUCAAGCCCAUGGUUAAAUGAGCAGCGUGGCUCACUGGGGCAGUGCCAGGAAUGAGCUGCUUCAGCUGCACCCACUAAGGAACCAUGGACCUCAGCUGCAGAACUCAAAGGCAAAGAAGCACCAGCCUUGGGAAGGCAAAGGAAAGUGCGAAUUACAUGGUAGAAGUCCCAACCGAGAAAUGAGAGUGUCUCCAGUGCUUUGUAGAAGUCAGCUGCCCCGAGGUGCUUGCAUAUCUGGGAAAUUACCUUCUGCACAGGCCAGCCAGGCUGCACUUAAGCUAGAAACAAAAGCAGGCUGACUCCAGUCACAGCCAUCUCAGAGGUCCAGGAUAUAACGUCUUACGAAGUAAUUCAGCAAAAAUGUGAAAUAAGCAUAUUUCUCUUCUUUCCUAAAAAAAAAAAAUGUAUGUAUGUAUGCUGAACAGAUGGGGUGGAUCAUAACACAUGACUUCAAUCCGUAUUUAAUUUUAUAAAAGCAGUUAUUCUUCAAGGUCAAGGUAAAUUUUGUAAUGUAAAAAUUACCCUUUGGUCUUCCUCUUAAGCGUGCCCUACAUUCUGAUAUUCAGAUCCAGGCUUCAACUUGGUUUCUUAAAUUAUUGUGUUUGUAAAGGCACAUCAGAAGAGAUCAUAAUGAAAAUUCAGUUCAGAACUGCAAUUUUGCCUUGAUUUUGUAGUUGAUUAGAAUUCAAAAAUCCAUAGGAGUGGAUUCAGACCAGCCAUUCUUCACAUUAAAGAAAAAAAUCGUGGGGUUAACCAUUUGUUGUAUUUUUCUAGAUAUCUCAUAACUUAUUCAGGUUUGUGUUCAUUUUCUGUAUAUUUACCUAUAAAUAGAUGCUCCACUACAAUAUCUGCUAUUAAACAAAUCUAAGUUC